ACCGCACACUGGUCAGGCAGUAACGACCAAAUCGCCGAUCAGGCGAAAACCACAAUCAUCUCAAAGAUCGAUCUCUCUCUCUCUCUCUCUCUCUCUGCGCGCUCGAGGAAGAAGCGCAGCGUCCUUAAUCUGGCGACUAGAUAUGGGCAUAUAUCUCAGCUCUCCAAAAACUGACAAGUUCUCAGAAGAUGGUGGGAACGAUAGGCUUUCUUAUGGGCUGUCCUCCAUGCAAGGGUGGCGUGCAACCAUGGAAGAUGCACAUGCAGCUUAUCCAGAUCUUGAUGAUUCCACGUCUUUCUUUGGAGUCUACGAUGGUCAUGGAGGCAAAGCAGUUGCUAAGUUUUGUGCGAAGUAUCUCCAUCAGCAGGUACUCAAGCAUGAAGCUUAUGCUGCUGGAGAUUUGAGCACUCCUGCACGGAGAGCUUUUCUCAGAAUGGAUGAGAUGAUGCGUGGGCAAAGAGGUUGGAGGGAAUUAGCAAUAUUAGGAGACAAGAUAGACAAGUUUUCUGGAAUGAUAGAAGGAUUUAUUUGGUCUCCCAGGAGUACUGACACCAAUGAGCAGACUGGUGAUUGGCGCUCCGAAGAGGGGCCUCACUCUGAUUUUCCUGGACCCACAUGUGGAAGCACUGCUUGUGUCGCGAUCAUCCGGGACAAACAAUUAAUUGUAGUAAAUGCUGGCGAUUCUCGUUGCGUGCUAUCUCGGAAGGGUCUGGCAUACAAUUUGUCUAAAGAUCAUAAGCCAGAUCUUGAGAUUGAGAGAGAGAGAAUUCUUCAAGCUGGGGGUUUCAUUCAAGUUGGACGGGUCAAUGGAAGUUUGAAUCUAACAAGAGCUAUUGGAGAUGUGGAAUUCAAGCAGAACAAAUCACUCCCAGCUGAAAAACAGAUUGUAACUGCAAAUCCCGACAUAACUACUAUUGAACUCUGUGAAGAUGAUGAGUUCCUUGUACUAGCAUGCGACGGAAUAUGGGAUUGCAUGUCAAGCCAGCAGCUGGUGGACUGUGUUAGGGAACAGUUGCACAUGGAAAGCAAACUUUCAGCCAUCUGUGAGAGAGUCUUUGAGAGAUGUUUGGCACCCUCUGCUGGUGGUGAAGGAUGUGACAACAUGACCAUGAUUCUGGUUCAGUUUAAGAAAUCCUCUACAUCCAGCAGUUCUGUGGCAGCGCAAUCUGCUGCGUCCAAUCAACUCUCCGAGCCCGUCAUAUGUUUGGAAGAGUCAGAAGUAGAAGUGUGAGCCCUUGAAUCCAUGGAAGGGCCAACUAUCCAGAAGGUCUAGGAGAACAUGGUUUUUAGAUCCGACACCUUUGGGUAGCAAUCUGUGGCACUUCUGUAAAUCAGUUUCUUCUUUUCUUGAGUAGGAGUUGAGCAUGUGUGAGAAGCCCUGCUGCGGAUGCAUCUCCUCCGGGCAUCCCUAUAAGAGUGGCUAAUUAGUCUGGAAAUUCAUUUGAGGGGGGUUUAAGUUUGUGAAUACGCUGCUCAAUCUCAAAGAAUCUACAAACAGAUAAUAUAAUCAUCGACAAAUUCACUGGAGCACGAUGCUCGGGGGAUGAGGCUCGCCUUGAAGAAACACUGUGGAUGUUAAUGGUUUUCUAUAUUUUCAUCAGCGUUGUACUU